AUGUCAUCAGCACUACCGAUUCCAAGUAGAUGCCAUUCGUUACAAUUACCACCAGUUGAAAAAGAUGAUAGACUCAAUUUGAAUGUCAGAACAGGUUCUGCUUCAACAUUACACAAUUCAUUCAUCUUUGCAUUUGGUGGUUUAACCAUUGGUUUAGAUAUUGCUAAAAUUACCAUCAGCGAUAUUUUAUAUACUUUCAGUUCAACUUUAGCCAAUUCUUCAAAGUCGAAGAAUAUGUUCAGAUAUCUUUCCAAUGAAAUGUUUUAUUUGAGUUUAAUAGAGAAAGUUUGGUCAAGAGUUCAAUUAGGACCCAAAGAUCCUAAACCUUCACCAAGAAUAUUCCAUGAAAUCUUAGCUUUCAACAAUUGUAUUUAUCUUUAUGGUGGAUUGGUUAUUAAUCCCAAAUACAAACUAACUGAUGAAUCAAAAAUGUCUUCAGUUCCACAAGAUUUGUUAGUACCGAUGAAUGAUUUCUGGGAAUUCAAUUUGGAGACCAAUAAAUGGACUUGCUAUUAUGAUGGUAACGAUGAAGAUUUUACUCCAAGACCUAGUUUUUGUAAUAAAAUGACAUCCAUUAAUUCAUUAUCAUUUGUUGGUAAAGCUGAUCAUUUCGGUGUUUUAAUAGGUGGAGGUAAAGAUAUCAAUUCUAAUCCUAUUUAUACUAAUCUAGUGUUUGAUUUGGUAGAUAAGAAAUUCAUACCAGAAUAUUUCUCCUUAAAUAUCAAUUCCCCCAAAGAAUCAACUUCUGACCUUAAUAACUUUGCCAAUACUGAUGAUGAUUAUAAUUUAAAUAUUGAUUAUUCCAAUUCCGUCAUUAUCAAUUUCAAUAAUCAGUUCACUCAUUAUAAUCAUCAAUCUUUUGCUAACGAAGAUAAUCUCAUAAAAUCUCCUGAUUUGAAUGAUCAGGGGAAAUCAAAUGAAUCUUUAUUGAUUUAUUCCCCAGUUAAAGAUUCUUCAAAGAUAUCUAAUCCUUUGUUAUCAUUCAAAAUCUCCAAAUCAUUGAAAAGUGGGAAAAUUCUUCCUGUUCAUAGAAAAUUCGAUGAUAUAACUUCCAAAACCAACCAGAUAAUUCCUUUCAAUUUAAGAUAUCCCUUGGGUGGAUUAUUUGGACAAAAUUUAAUUUUAACUGGAUUCUUGGAGAAUGAUUAUGAUAUUUCCAUUUUCGUAUUCAAUAAACCAACAGGUAAAUGGUCAAGAUUGAAUGUUUUCUGUAAUCAUGAUUAUGGAAGUCAUAGAUUUUGGGGAGGUUUUGCCUGGCAAAGUCAUCAUAAAGUGGUUUUAAUAGGUAAUAGUGUUACAUCUAGAACUACUAGUGCAGUGAGAUAUUUCAAUUGUAUAAUUACUGUCAGUUUACCUGUAACUAAUAUUUUAGCUAGUUCGGAAUUAGCAGGUGGAGGUCAUUAUCAUGAUUCUGAAGGAAAUAGAAUUUAUUUUGAUGAUUUUAAUAAAUCUACUACUGAUGAUAGUACUGAUAGUAUGAAAUCAUCAUCAGAUGAUGCAGAGAAAAUCGUUGAAAAGUCUAUUGAUAGACCUUUAACCCCUCCUGAUAGUUCAAGAAGACCAUCAUAUUCAUCUAAGGGAUCUAGAGGUUCAGUAUCAACAUCCAAAUCUCCAAGAGCUAUUAGUUUCAGUGAAUAUGUUCAUUAUGCUGCGCCAACUAAUAAUUUCACCACCAUUAAUUCCAUCUUCCCUCCUGCUGCUAUAACUUUGGGUAGAAACUUCUUGGAUAGAUUUGGCGAUCUUACCGCUGAUUUUGAAAUCAUUUCUGUCAAUGGAGAUCGAAUCCCGGUAUCAUUAAUGGUAUUGAUAGAACGAUGGGGGAAUUAUUUCAUAGAAUUAUUGGCUAGAGGUUAUGUCAAUGCAGUAGAGAAGUUCGAUCAAAGUCAACAACUGGAUGAUCAAAGGCUAAGAUCAAGUCAGGAUAAAUCAAUAGGUUCAUUGAAAGCUUCUAUAGCAUCAAGUCAUGCUUCUUCCAUCAGUUCCAGUAAUUCCCAUGAUAAGAAGGGUAGAUUAUCAAAGAAUAAUUCUGCUGUUAAUACCACCACUUUAACGUCAGUAUCAUCACCACAAUUAAAAUCUCCAAACUUAUCGUCAACAAAUAUCUCAUCAAAUUUCUCCUCACCAACAAAAGAUGAAGAAAAAGUCGAUAAAACUUAUCAUUUAUCGAUGCCUUUGAGUCAAAGAAGAUCAAAUGAUGCUCCGCAAUUCAGAUUACCUUUCCAAGAUUCAUCAUCUAACAAUUCCAAUGUUUCAGUGGAGAAAGUCGAUAAAAAGGAAGAUAUGUCAUUGAAUUUACCGGAUAAAUCCAUUGAUCCUUAUUCUAAUAACCUAGUAUCUCAUCAAUCAAGGAAAGGAUCUGUCAGUUCAUUUUCUUCAUCAUCAUCAUUAUUGGCAUCUCAUUUACAAGAUAUUCCUUCUCAAUUACCGUUACCAACAGAACCUAUACCUCCAGUACCUACCAAUGCUCAAUAUAAGAGUUCCAGUAGGAAGAAUUCUAAUGAUUUAUCAUCACCAAGAGGUUCAUUGAUUCAUACUUUAACUCAACUUCGAAAUAUUCCAGUUAAAUCACCUCGUUCAUCACCAUUCACAUCUCCAAGAGCAUCAAUAUCUCAACAAGGAGGUUUAGGUUUAACCAAUUUGAAUAAAAUGGGUAAUUUCGAAAUGUCAAGUUGUCCAAUUCCUAACCUUAAACCUGAAAAGAAAAAGGAAGAAGAACAAAAAUCCACCCCACCUGAACCAACUGAUUCUUCUCUGUCUAAUGAAGAAGAAUUCAAUCCUUUCAAUAAUAUUCUUUUGAAUUUUGAAAACCUUGAAAAUGGUACUUUCCAAAUGGAAUCUUCCCUUAUUCCUCGUAAAUUAUACGUUCCAUUUACUACCACCACCAUUAAAGCAUUCUGUGAAUACUUAUAUACGGGACAAAUCGGUAAUAAAUGGCUUUUAAGUCCAACGACUUUAGAUAAUUUGGCUUUAGCUAGACAUUAUAAAGUUCCUUUAUUAUAUGACUUGAUAAGUGAAGUUUUAUUUGGUAUCAUUGGAAGAAGAGAAAUUUGGGUUAUUAAGAGAGCCAAUGAAUUAAAGACUGAAUAUUUCAAGCUUCUUAAAGAAACUAAUACUCCUCAUGAUCCAGAUUUCGAAUUCCCAUUAGAUGAAUAUCAAGGUUUUAUCGAUACUGUUGAUGAUGGGUAUUUAGAUAUUGCAUUAUUGAAGAAAAUCUUAAGAAGUAAUCAAGUUAAUGAGAAGAAACGGAAAGAGAAAGAAGCGGUAUCGAAGAAAUCAUCAAGGAAAUCAUCAAGGAUGUCGUCACGUAGAUCUUCAAUGUUUGAAAAGGAAGAUAAAGAAGAUGAAGGGAAUUUGGGAGAAAAUGAAUUUGAGGCUGAUGAUUUUAGUAAAGGUGAACUGUCAAUGGAAAAAACCAGUUCUAAUAGUGAAGAUGAUGAUAAUUUCGAUAAUUUGGGGAUCGGAUAUUUAGAUACUCCUCAUGAUUUACCUAACAUCGGACCCAGAUCAAAAUCUAUCUUUGAUAGAGCAGAUAUCGAUCAACCUAAAAGAAAGAGUCUUGAUAGUUCAAGAAGUCAAAAUCUCGAAAUUGACGAUGAAACUGAAAGAGAAGGAUUGACUUUGGAACAAUUAGUGUCUCCAGUAUCACCAAUUCCUAGUUUACAUACCAUUGAAUUGAUUUUCGAAAGUGUUUCGUUGGUGGCUGAUUUGAAAUUAAUGUUACGUGCCAAUAAUGCUAAACAAAUGAGUAAAUUAUUGAUAGAUUUUGAAAUCGAUAUUGAGGAACAAAUGGAACAAAUCAAAUCCAGAUAUGAUGAAACACAAAGAAUGAUUAAUUUACGUGAAAGAUCUAAUUCAACUAUGAGUUUUAAUCAAAGAAUUCCUAUGAAUAGAGGAUUAAGUUCCGAUAAUGAACAUACCUUGAGACCGAUAAGAUCAACGUUGUCAUUAACCGAAUCCCGUGGUAAUAUAACUCCGACUAUGACCCCACAAGAACAAUUCGCUAAUUCCAGACUGUCUAGUAAUUUAGCUUUUGACGAUCAAACAGGAUCUCCUGGUCCUACCAAUACAAGUGGGGGAUCAACCCCAAUGGGGCCAAACGCGGGUGGGGGAAAUCAAGGAGGAGGAUUUAAUCCAUUGGAAAGGCAACGAACCAAUUCAAGUAUUAGAACGGGAAUUAGUGGAUUGACCCCUUUUAAAGCCGUAAAAACGGAUCCUAAAUUAAAUAGAGGAGAAUCGAAUAAAGAUGUCGAUAAGAGAAUCACUAAUCUUAUCAAAAGGGAUGAAAAAUUGAAAUCCAAAGUCGAAAAGGAGGAAAAAGCCCGAUUACAUAAUCAACUAAAAUUAGGUAAAAAGAAAGCAAGAGAACAAGCUAAAGAACAUGCUAAAGAACAAGCCAAAGAACACAGGGAUCUUAGAAGAACCAUGAGUGAAUUAAAAUUUGAUGAAAUAUCAAUAAAUUCCGAAGGAGAAAAGAAGAAACACGGACUUUUCCACCCUUUUGGGCUUCUCAAAACUCAAAAAUCGGAGAUAUUCCCCAAGAAUGGCGACGAUAACAAAUUAACCAGAUCUAAUUCUCCCACCAGUAUUAUUUCCAAAGACAGUAAAUCUGACACUAAGAAAUCAUUCUUCAGUAAGAGAAAAUAA